UCCAUCCCCCCCUUUUCUGUCACUGCCAUUGCUCCAGAAUUUGUAAUGCUGUGUUGCGCUUGUCGCUGCAUUGGUUGGUGUCACGAUCGAGAAAUUUAGAAGGCCAUAAGCCAGCGGGCCGGGCGGCGGCGCCAUUGCUCUCCUCCCCUAUAGCUAGCUCGAUUUCUCACUACAAAGAUUCUGUUCUUCCUCCCUCGGCGCUAGCUAGCUGUAGGUCUCUGCUUAAUUGUUUCCGAGAUGAACGACCUCUUCUCGUCGAGCUCUUUCAAGAAGUAUGCCGACCUGAAGCAGCAGGUUGAGCUGGACGAGAUGGAGUCCGGCGUCGGCGGCCAGGGCGUCAACCUGGACAAGUUCUUCGAGGACGUGGAGGUCGUGAAGGAGGACAUCCGUGGCCUCGAGAGCAUGCACCGCCGUCUGCAGUCCGCGAACGAGGAGAGCAAGACCGCCCACGACGCCCGCGCGGUCAAGUCCCUCCGCGCCCGCAUGGACGGCGAGGUCGAGCAGGUCCUCCGCCGGGCCAAGGCCAUCAAGGGCAAGCUCGAGGCCCUCGACCGCCAGAACUCUGCCAGCCGGAAGAUCCCCGGCUGCGGCGCAGGAUCCUCCACCGACCGCACCCGCUCCUCCGUCGUCUCCGGCCUCGGCAGGAAGCUCAAGGACCUCAUGGACGACUUCCAGGGUCUUCGGACGCGGAUGGCGUCGGAGUACAAGGAGACGGUGGCGCGGCGGUACUACACGGUGACGGGCGAGCACGCGGAGGAGAGCAAGAUCGAGGCGCUGAUCUCGUCGGGGGAGAGCGAGACGUUCCUGCAGAAGGCGAUCCAGCGUGACCAGGGGCGCGGGGAGGUGCUGAGCACGCUGUCGGAGAUCCAGGAGCGGCACGACGCCGUGAAGGACAUCGAGCGCAGCCUGCUGGAGCUGCACCAGGUGUUCCUGGACAUGGCGGCGCUGGUGGAGGCGCAGGGCCACCAGCUCAACGACAUCGAGACGCACGUCGCGCGCGCCAGCUCCUUCGUGCACAAGGGCACCGUCGAGCUCCAGUCCGCCAAAGUGUACCAGAAGAGCAACCGAAAGUGGGUCUGCAUCGCCAUCGUCGCCGGCGUCGUGCUCGUGCUCGUCAUCGUGCUGCCCAUCAUCGUCAACCUCAAACUCUUGGCCGGCAGAUAG